GAGAUACUGAGAGACCACAGACGUCCUUAUCUAUGUAAGAUAUACCGGUUACAAUAUCAGGAAUCCACAAACUAUAUAUAACUAGCGAAGCAAAAAGUUGAGCAUGGAUAAGCCAGUUUGCCUCAUUGACACAGAGUCAGAUGGGAAGCUGUGUGUACAGCAGUCAGCACUGCAGAUCCUGCAGAAGAUCGAUCAGCCGGUGGUGGUAGUGGCUGUGGUCGGGCUCUAUCGCACUGGCAAAUCCUACCUGAUGAAUCGACUUGCCGGGAAACAAACAGGGUUUGCACUGGGCAGCACAAUUGAGUCCAAGACGAAGGGCAUCUGGAUGUGGUGUGUGCCACACCCCACAAAAAAAGAAACCACUCUGGUGCUGCUGGACACUGAGGGACUCGGAGACAUCGACAAGGGAGACUCAAAGCAUGAUACCAAGAUUUUCUCUUUGGCCGUUCUUUUGAGUAGCACUAUAGUCCUGAACAUCCGAGGAACUAUUGACAACAGGGCCAUAGAGGAACUGCAAUAUGUCACUGAACUAACCGAGUACAUAAAGAUCAAAUCACCUGAUGAAGUUGUAGAUGAUUCAGAGUUUGUGAAGUUCUUCCCUAGUUUUAUUUGGGCUGUGAGGGACUUUACUCUACAGCUGAACAUCAACGGCAAAGACACAACAGAGGAUGAAUAUCUGGAGUUUGCUCUGAAACUAAAGUUAGGUACUUCAACUCAAGUGUAUAAUUACAACCUUCCAAGAGAGUGCAUUCGGAAAUAUUUCCCAUCACGAAAAUGUUUCACCUUCCCGUUCCCGACCAACCCGGAGAACGUCUCAUAUCUGGAGACACUUGAGCCAGCUGAGAUUUCAAAAAAAUUCUUGGAGGUCGCUGAUCGUUUCUGCCAGUUCAUAUUUAAUCAGAGCCAAGUAAAACAUCUGAAAGAUGGACACAAGGUCACUGGUAGAGUUUUGGGUCAUCUUGCGAAAACAUACGUGGACACCAUCUCUAGUGGGGCUGUGCCAUGUCUGGAGAACGCUGUGAUCGCUGUGGCCAUGAUUGAGAAUGAGGGUGCAUUGCAGGAGGGACUUGAGGUCUACAAGAGUGGAAUGGAGAAGCUGAGGAACUCUUAUCCUCUGGAACUGAAUGAAAUCAAUGCUGAACAUCAGUGUUUUAAUCUCAUGGCUACACAAACCUUCAUGAAACGCUGCUUCAGGGACAAUAAUGGGAAGUACUUGACAUCUUUAGAGGAAGCCAUCAAUCAUGAGUUUGAUAGAUAUCUCUUGGACAAUGAGACAGCUUCUGAGGGAAAAUGUGAAUGUAUUAUAUCAUGUCUCUCUGAACAAAUGACUGAAAGAUUCACUGGAGGAUACUAUGCAAGACCAGGAGGUUAUGAUCUCUUCUGUCGGGACCUGGAGGACAUUGUGAUUCAGUACAACACACAGGCCAAUAAAGAAGUCAAGAGUGCUGAGGUGUUGGAGAAGUUUUUACAGGAAAAGGCGACCAUUACAACAUCCAUCCUGCAGGCUGAUAAUAAACUAACUGAAAAUGAAAGAAGGAUUUGUGAGGAGAGAGAGAGGGCAGUCCUUCUGGAACAAGAAAUUAAGGCCCAGGAAGAGAAGCAACGUCAUCUGGAGGAGAAGAUGGAAAUUGAACAACAGAAUAAUGAAGAGAGAAUGAGACAGGUCAUACAGAUGAUGGAAGAUGAGAUGUUUCUUCAAAAACAGGAGACGGAGCGUGCGAUGGAGAGCAAGCUAAGGGAAAAGGCCGUCUUGAUGGAGAAAGGCUUUCAGAAGAAAGCAAAUAGGAUGGCUUGGGAGAUAGACGAGUUAAAGAGGAAGAAUGCGGAGGCAGAGGAGGGAACCUCAAGAAGAUAUGCGCAGAUGAUAGAAGAUCAGCGGCGAAGAAAUGAGCAGAACAUGGAGGUGUUGAGGCAGCAGCAUAGACAGCAGAUGGAACAAAUCAACAGCAGACCCAAACGAUCAUCUUCAUUCUGUUCUAUACAAUAAAAUGUGUUUAGAGAUUUCUGAAUGCAUAGUUUGUAUAAUCGCACACACAAUAGUUUAUCGGUUAAUCCCACAUCCCAAGAGUCCUGACUGUUAUCAACGGAAUAUUUAGUGACAGUGACUCAUCAGCAAAAUGCACAGCAUAGUAUAUAGCAUAUAUAAAGCAGUUAUCACAAACCUGUAUGACUGUGUGAUGUCACUGCUUGUUCACAAAUAUGUAAAUCUAAUAUAGAAACUAAUGGAAAAUGUGGUAACAGCAAAAGCUUCAGUGGAUAAACAUAAAAGUUAAAGGAUUACUUCACUUUCAUAAAAAUUCUGAUAAUUUACUUACUCCCAUUUUAUCCGAGAUGUUUAUGUCUGUAUUUCUUCAGUGAAAAGAAAGUUUUUUAAGGAAAAUAUCCAGC